AUAAGCUUGUGUGUGUGUGUUUUGCUGUAUAUAUGUACACGAGUGUGUGUACAAGUGUGUGUGUGUUCGAACUCGAACCCGAGCCUGAGCCAUGGAGGAGCAGGCCCAGGUCCUGUUCGAUGCGUUCGUGCAGGCGUCCACCUGUCGGGCCACCCUGUCCGCCUUCGAGCAGGUAUGCCUGCUGCUGGGGGUCCGCUCGGGGCCCCGCCUCUACCACACCCUGAGGCCCCGGCUGGACUACUGGAGGGCCCGCGCACUCUGGGCCAAGCUGGACAAGAGGGCCACGCACACGCUCUACCAGAAGGGCCAGGCAUGCGGCAAUACCACGUGUCUGAUCAUCGGCGCGGGUCCGUGCGGCCUGCGUACGGCGAUCGAGCUGGCUCUGCUGGGGGCCCGCGUGCUGCUGGUGGAGAAGCGCGACUCCUUCUCCCGGAACAACGUGCUGCACCUCUGGCCCUGCACCAUCCACGACCUCCGGGGACUCGGGGCCAAGAAGUUCUACGGACAGUUCUGCGCCGGCGCCAUCGACCACAUUAGCAUCAGGCAGCUGCAGUUGAUCUUGUUGAAGGUGGCCCUGAUCCUGGGGGUGGAGGUGCAUGUCAACGCAGAGUUCAAGGAGCUCAAGGAGCCCUGUCUAGAAGAACACCAGACUGGCUGGAGGGCGAUAUUCAACCCCAGGAACCACCCUGUCGGGCAGAUAGACAUCGAUGUGGUCAUCGGAGCUGAUGGACGCAGAAAUACUUUACCUGGUUUCCGCAGGAAGGAGUUUCGUGGUAAGCUGGCCAUCGCCAUCACGGCCAACUUCAUCAACCGGCGCACCAGAGCCGAGGCCCAGGCCCAAGAGAUCAGCGGAGUAGCCUUCAUAUUCAACCAGAGCUUCUUCACCGAGCUACGCACACACACAGGCAUUGAUCUGGAGAAUAUAGUCUACUAUAAAGACGACACACACUACUUCGUCAUGACCGCCAAGAAGCACAGUCUCCUCAACAAAGGAGUCAUCUUACGAGACUACGCAGACACCGAGCAGCUCCUCUCCCGCGCCAAUGUGGACCAGAAUGCACUGCUCUCGUACGCCCGCGAGGCCGCCGACUUCUCCACCAACCAGCAGCUGCCGACGCUGGACUUCGCCAUCAACCACUACGGCCAGCCGGACGUGGCCAUGUUCGAUUUCACCUGCAUGUACGCCUCCGAGAACGCCGCGCUCGUCAAGCAGAGAGGAGAACACACGCUGCUGCUAACGCUCGUAGGGGACAGCCUACUGGAGCCCUUCUGGCCAAUGGGAACAGGAAUAGCUCGAGGCUUCCUGGCUGCCAUGGAUACGGCCUGGAUGAUCAGGAGCUGGGCACAGGGCUCCACCCACCUGGAGGUCCUGGCAGAGAGAGAGAGUGUGUAUCGCUUGUUGCCUCAGACGACCCCAGAGAACAUCAGUAAGAACUACGCCCAGUAUAGCCUGGACCCUCACACACGCUACCCUAACGUAAACACACGCCUGGUCAACCCCUCACAGGUGUUGCACCUGGUGGACUCUGGCGAGGGGGUGUUCACUUUCCCAGAGAGACCUUUAUCCAGACAAAAGAUGACCAGGCAAGAGUCCGUGGCCAGAUCCAGUGCCUUGCUGACGUGGUGCCAGGAGCAGACGAGAGGUUAUCGAGGGGUUAACGUCUGUGACUUCACUUCCUCUUGGAGGAACGGCCUCGCCCUGUGUGCCCUCAUACACCACAACAGACCCGAUCUCAUAGACUUUGACUCGCUUGACCCGAGGAACGCGGUGCGGAACGGGCAGCUGGGGUUGGACGUGGCUGAGCGCGAGUUCGGCAUCUCGCCCAUCAUGACGGGCACGGAGAUGAGCCUGCUGAACGAGGCCGACUCGCUCAGCAUGGUGGUCUACCUCAGCCAGAUACAGCAGCUGCUCAAGGAUGCCACGCCAUCUGCUGAGGGGUUGUCUCAGAGUGGUACUCUCAUCUCCUCCAUCUCCCUGCUCAGCAAACUGGGACAGAGCUUCUCUCGCAAGCGCAACCCCACCGCCAACGCCAAAGACAAGAAGGAGAAGGAGGAGGAGAGCGGCAAAAGGAGAAAGAGGAGCCAGGGGGGCCAGUCUGAAGAGGAGGAUGCAGCGAACGAUCCCAAUGACAACAGCGAGAGUUCUGAGGCUGGCGUGGUAACCGACGAGUGCCUGUUGCCGUGCUACGGGUCGCAGAAUCGCGUACGCUCCAUGGCCAGCCUGCUGCUCGCCAAGUUCGAGGAGAACGCUCCCUCUCCCUCGCCAUUGGCUGCCUCGCGGAGACAGACGGGGGGUGUGUGUGCGAGCGAUGUGUGUUUCUUCUGCGGCCGGCGUGUGUAUGCGCUGGAGCGCCUCAGUGCGGAGGGGAAGUUCUUCCAUCGCAGCUGCUUCCAGUGCUGUCUCUGUAGCUCCACGCUCAGACUGACCACAUACAUGUACGACCAGCAGGAAGGAAAGUUCUACUGCAAGCACCACUAUGAGCAGAGGCUGAGCGGCGGCCACAGAAGGAAAUCGGCAGCUGCGUUUCUCUCCAGUCAGGCCUGUUCCAUCCCCCUCUCCGAGUCCACCCCGUCCUUCGCCCCCGUCACCUCCCUCCCCUUACACACCCUCUCACACACCCUCUCCCGCCCGCCCAAACACACCUCACACACCUCACCCACCACCACCACCACUCCCUGCCUGGCGCCCUUCCCGAUACACACGCUCUCGCAGACCACCCCGCCGCACACUCCCACUCGCCACACACACACUCUCGCCCUCGACCCGAUGGGGGACUACGACGCCGAUGGUCAGGCGGCAGACGCGCACACACUCUUUGCGGCGGCGCUGGAGUCGCUGGCGCCGCACACACACACGCUCGCCGGCGUCACGUCGGACGCGUCUGACUCCGCCACCACCACCGCGGCGUCGGUACACACACACUCGGACGUGGCGGAAGCACACGCGCUGUCGCUGCCCGUACCCGUACCGCCUCCUCCGCUUUUGACGUUGGAAGUGGCCUCGUCACACACCUCGCCGCUGACCCCCUCCUCGGCCAAAUCAGAGGGUCCAGAUGACGUGGGUGACGCAGGUAGCAACGUCACGCCUUUGCACACAGACACCGACGCACACUCACAUUCACAGACACGCCUGGCGUCGGACGCAAACACGCCCGCAAGCUCGCGCGCGCCAUCGCACGCACACACGCCGCCGAGCUCGCAGACCCCGUCAAGCGCACACACGCCACCAAGCGCACACACGCCGCUGAACGCACUGACACCGUCGAACGCGCACACACUGUCAAACGCACACACACCGUUGUCCAUUGUGCACACUCCAGCAAGCUCACACACACCGUCCAAUGGACACACACCAUCCAACGGACGAACACCGUCCAAUGGACACACACCUUCCAACGGACACACGCCACCAAACUCCCACACACCUCCCAGCUCACACACACCCCCAAACUCGCACACGGUCUCACACACACACGUCGACGGCGUCGUCACACGCAGGCCCCUUCGACUGGACCCCGGUGCCGCCGCGUCGUACCCGUGUCACUCCCACACACACACACCCACCACGCCCGAACGCAUCGAGCUGGAAUACUGCAUGCCCCCGCCAAACACACACACACACGCGCACACAUCACACACGUCACACACACACCCGCCGCUCUCGCUCCCUCACCCCCACAUCACCCCGGAGAGGAUCGAGCUGGAGAACUACACGCCGUCUCACUCGCACACGCUCAGUCCAGUCAGCCCCAUGCUGGAGGUGCCGGAGGAGACCCUCACACAACACAACCUCAGCCAGAGAGAACUGAGCGGAGAGGAGCCCAGCAGACAGGGGACCCUCACACAACACAACCUGAGCCAGAGAGAACUGAGCGGAGAGGAGCCCAGCAGCUCAGAGUCGGACCUAGAGGAGCUGGAGGAGCUGCAGGCCAGAGAGGAGCGAGAGAGGGAGGCAGAGAGGAAACUGGCGGAGGAGAGGAGGAGGGAGAUGCACGUCGAGCUGCGGAGGAAUGUGAAGAAGAAGAAGGAACGCGUGAGAAAGGAGGUCAGGGGAGGAGGAGGAGAGGGGGAGGACGGUGCGCAGGGAGACACGGUCGAGUCGGAGGAGGACUGCCUAGAGUCUAGCGACGAGGGUGAAUAUUCUCCCUGGGAGAGAGAGCGUUUGUCAGGGGUGUGGCUCGGCCCUGUCAUUGAAGAAGAUGUAGCGAUAUUGGUCAAAGAGCCCAGUGAUGUGGAGGAGCCAGAGAAUCCUAUUUCUCCAGAGGGAGAGUCAGUGAGUGAUGCUCGGUUCACCUCCUCCAUCUCCACGGUGCUCCUAGCAGGGGGUGCUGGCGGCGCCUCCUCCUACACCCUCACCAACCCCUCCUCCCCCACGCUCACCACGCACACCUCCACGCCGCAGCGAUCCAUGCACACGCCCAUACACACGCCGCCACACACCCCGCCUGCGCCACACACACCCCCCCUGCCCUUGCCUUCCUCCUCCUCCUCGUUGUCGGCGGCGGCGACGACAGCGUCCGAGCCCCUUGAGAGGCGUCUGGCCAGGAGGUCGGAGGUCAUCCAGGAGUUCUGGAUGAAGAGCAACGAGAUCCGGCUACGCCUGGGCGCAUUGCCGCGAGCGCACUCGUUCACACACGCACACGCACACUCGCACAGGCAUCGGCACAGGCACACCGCAACGCACACCGCGACAGGUGAGCAAUCACACACGUCCGAGGCGGCCACCGCAUCGUCGACGCCAGGCGCUGCGGCUGCAUCUGCGGCUGCGGAGGAGAAGUGCAUGUGUGAGCUGUGCAUGUGUGCUGAGGUGGCCAGGAGGCUCAGCGUUAUAGAGAAGAGCCUCCUCACCCCGCCGUGCAGCCCUGCCAUCCACGCCAACAACAACUCCAACUCAAACUCCAACUCCAACUCCAAGGCCAACUCUGACCCCAACCUGUUUGACGGCUCGUCCUCCAAGCCCGAAGGUGACCUUGAGGCCGCCGACCCUAACGACCUUACGCCCAAGCCUAAGCUGGGUCACGAACCUGACCCUGACCUUGACCCUGACCCUGACGCAGCGUUGACGACCUGCUGCCAAGUGGACUUUGACCCCGGCGUCCGCUCCGUGCCGCUGGUGUGCGAGGUCAUUCUGGGGUCAUCAGGGUCAUCUGGAGGUGGUCUGGAGGGCGCGCGGGCAGACAGUAACGAAGCGGGCACGCAAACGCAGGGGGACGCCGGCAACGUCAGCAACGCUCCGGGUGACUCGAGCGCAAAGGACGCCACCACCCAGACGCCACCCACCGCACACACCACCCAGCCUCAAAAGACGGCCGACGCGCCCUCCUCGCACUAUUACGCGCACGUGGACGCCGCCGUGGUCGUGGAAGAGCGCCGCGGGUCGAAAGAGGACACUGAUGCUGUCAGCGGAGGAGGAGUGGGGUCAAGGGUAAUGGAAAAUGGGGUAGUGGCGGCCGCGGCGGCGGCUGCUCUAGAAGAGGUGCAUGCUGGGAAGGUGGUGGAGACAAACGUGACGACGCGGCAAAAGACGACGCGACUGGGUCUCUUCUCGCCGCGCAAAACACACACGCUGGCGGCGCUGUCGCCACCUGCUGGGUCGGGGGUGGUGGCGGGCGCACACACACUGCCCUCGUCUCUGCAGAGGCCCAAACACAAGUGGCUGUGGAAGGGCAUGUUCUCCGGCUAUCGCAAGAAGAAGAAGGAGAAGGAGGCCAACUUGGAGGCGGGCGACAAGCACAGCAGGACACUGCCACCCAGCAGGAGCACUGACUUUCGAUUCAAGAGGAGCCUGACAUUCUCUUCUGAGUCUUCGCUGAGUCUUGUGGAAAAAUCACCACUCAGACCACAACUAAGUCUGGAACCAUCGGACAUCCAAAAGGACACCAUUGAGGAAGAGGAGACAGAGGAUGAAGGACUGACGGAUGAGAAGCUCAAGGCCAAAUCCCCCCGGCCGCCGCUGCCCCAGACCCAGACCCCUCCCCCGGGCACGGCCCCGUCCUCGUGCUCCACGGAGGUGGUGGGCGUGUGGGUGGUGCCCCCGGACCCCUCCAGCCUCAGCGUGGCCACCACCGUCAUGCAGGAGCUCCAGACGCCAAGCACACACACGCCAAACACGGAGGCGGACGCAGACGGGGAGGCAGACGGGGAGGCGGACACACGCAGGCCCUCGCACGCCACCUCGCACGCCACCUCGAACACCCUCUCGUCGGCCCAGAGCGAGGCCAAGCAGUCGCGGCGCAUCCAGAAGGAAGCCCAGAGGCAGGCCAAGCAGCAAGAACUCAAGAGGCUGCACCGAGCACAGAUGAUUCAGCGUCAGUUGGAGCAGGUGGAGGUGAAGCAGAGGCAGCUGGAGGAGAUGGGGGUCGCUGUGGAGAAGGCACUCAGAGGAGAAGCAGACUACUGGGAAGAUACCAACUCAACUGCAGUCCUGGACAUGCAUCUGGGUGCAGCCCAGCCGCAGGGUGACCAUGAGCACUCCCUCUAUAUCUGCCUGGUCUUUUUCCUUUACGUAGUCAAAGAGCCCCCCCUCCAUCAGCUGAUUUCUCUGGGUGGCUCUCCUCAGAGAAGGCGGGGUACCGGUAUUUACUGUCCCUGUUCCUCUUCUAACGCCAUGGGUUCGAGAGAUGACCCCUCUCUUAUGCAGCAGUGGUUCAAACUGGUCCAGGAGAAGAAUGCCUUAGUACGCUACGAAUCAGAGCUGAUGAUAUUUGCACGGGAGCUGGAGUUGGAGGACCGUCAGAGUCGUCUUCAGCAGGAACUCAGGGAGAGGAUGGCCAUUGACGACCAGCUGAAGGGGGAGGAGGAGCUGGCGGAGGAGAGGAGCAUCCUGGGGGAGAUGCUGGAGGUGGUGGAGCAGCGUGAUUGGCUGGUGUCCCUGCUGGAGGAGCAGAGGCUGAAGGAGCGAGAGGAGGACCAGGACCUGGAGGCCACCAUACUGUCCAAAGGAUUCAGCUUACACUGGACAUGAGAAACACACACACACACACACACACACACACACACACACACACACACACACACACACACACACGUGCGCGCGCAUGUGCAGGAGAGAGAGGAGGACCAGGACCUGGAGGCCACCAUACUGUCCAAAGGAUUCAA